AUGUCCACUAGCAAACCACGGCCAGAGAUAGAAGGCCGUCGUGGGGAAAGAAAUGACGAACAGGUAUUGGAAAUAGAGGAUAGAAGUGAAGCAGGCUAUCUCACCUCUAAAUGGUCUUUGAUAGGAAAAAUUAUGGCAGACAAAAUACUGAACAAGAAUACUGUCAAGGGAAUGAUCCGUAAAGGAUGGGAUGAGGAAACACCAAAGCAGAUUCUACAGGAUAGUCCAUGGAAUGUUUUAGGGGCCCUUCUUAAUCUACAACGUUGGGUCCCUGAUAUUUCACUAUAUGAGAUUGACUUUAUCAGAGCUCCUUUUUGGGUUCAAAUACAUGGGCUACUGUUAGCCAAGACAAGCACCCAGAGUGUUAUACAAAUUGGUUUUGUUCUGGGUGGAGUUCUUCAGGUCGAAAAACCUUUGGUGCAAGAUAGGCUGAUGUGCAGCUAUCUAAGGGUGAGAGUGCUGAUUGAUAUUACCAAACCGCUGGCAACUGGGGUUUGGGUGACUAGGAAAGAACUAGGCAACAUAUGGAUAUGGGUCUUCUUUAAGUAUGAAAUACUUCAGAAUUUCUACUAUGGUUGUGGUAGGAUCAGUCAUGACCAGAAAAGUUGUAAGGAAGCCAAAGCAGUGUGCCCUUAUGAUUCUACCAAGUAUCUAUCAAAGUUUUAA